UAGAUUUAGGGUUUUGAAACUUCGGAGUUCGACUGUCAAGCUUCUCCAACGAUCUGAGAAAAUGCCAAAGCAGAUACAUGAGAUCAAAGAUUUCCUUCUCACUGCGAGAAGGAAAGAUGCACGGUCUGUUAAAAUUAAGAGGAGCAAAGAUGUGGUGAAGUUCAAGGUUCGCUGCUCCAAGUACCUGUACACGUUAUGUGUUUUUGACUCAGAGAAGGCCGAUAAGCUGAAGCAGUCUCUUCCUCCAGGUUUGAGUGUGCAAGACCUGUAAAAAUGGGUGGAAGUGGACUAUGUACUACGGAGACAUUAGAGCAAGAACUUGUUUUUACUUCCAUCUUAGCUAUUGAUGUGGAUUUUGAAUUUUGUUCCGUUGAAUGUUAGAACAUUACAUUCCUUCUAUU